ACGACCUUUGAAUGCGCCUGCACGCGGCGGGAACAGGAAGUGACGUGGAGGCCGCUGCCGACGUCACACGGUGGUUUUUAAGCCCCGACGUCCGUUCGCGACGCUGUCAAGCGGCGAUGGAGCGAUCCAGCAGCCUUUAGGUGGCCUGAUGGGACGGGCCUUCCAGGACCAGGGCUUGUGGUGCUUCCGGGACCUUGGCUGCAAGGUCCUCGAGGAGGUCCAAGGACACUACGAGGUGGACCCUGAAUGCAACACUGCUCUUUCUUGAAACACUAAAUGCAAUCCAGCUGCUACAUAGAUGACUCAGGAUCCAACAAUGUGGUAACAUGCAGUCCCUGAACACAACACUGUAUUAGUAAAUAGACCCUGAACACAACACAGUUCCUUGGUCAAUGAACAAAGUGCAGCGCUACCAAGUCCUGCAGACAAUGCUUACAGUGAGACCCUGAAUGCAACACUGUGCCAUUUCCUGGGACACUGAACACAACCUAGUGCUACCAUGUUGACUUUGAAUGCAACACUGCUGCUUGGUUGUGCACUGAAAGUAACAGGGCUAUAUAUUUUUUUUGUCUUUGAAUGCAACACUGCGACCAAGUAGUCCUUGAACGCAACACAGGAAUGCUUCUUUGGCCACCAAAGGCAACGCAGUGUGCCAAGCACACGCUUCCAAGUAGACCAUGAACGCAACACUGUACCGCUUCCUUGAACUGUGAACAGAAAAAUAAUCUCAUCCACUCGUCUCACUCAUUCACAACUAUUUUGAAUACUUUCGAGAGGUCCCUAAUAUUGCGGUAAGACUGUGGCACCAGCUGGAGCAACAAACUUUGUAGCGGGGGGACGUUCAAGAAUUCCACAACCUCUGCGCGCAGCUCCAGGGAGUCAGCGAAGUUACUCCGGGGCCCUUUAGUUUGAUACCAGACACACCACAGCUGAAUAAACCCCAACAAGUACACGGCAAGCACUUUUUUUUUUUUACAUUAAUUUUUUACACCCCGAACACAACAUGUAGUAGCUGCUUGACAGACAUUGAACGCAACACAAUCCUUCCCAGUUGACACUUAAAUCCAACACGAUGCUGCUUCCUGGGACACUGAACACCACACGGGUUUCUCCAUUUGAAAAUGAAUGCAGCACAACGCUGGUCCUUCGUUACUGCACACUCCCGCCCGUACUCCGGUGCACAUUGAAUGCAGCACGAUGCGGUUUUGGACAUUGAACACAACAUGAUGCUCCCUGAUAGACAGUGAAAACAACACGAGGACGAUUCUGUUCUCGCUCUCUCAUUUACAAUCACACCUUGAGGCAAUUAAUGUUGGUCACCGAUGGUGUAGUGGUACAGACGCCUGCCUUUGGUGCAGGCAACGUGGGAUCGAUUCCCACUCAGUGAUGGUGUUGGUAUCUGACCGGCGACCAGUUCAUGGUGCAGUCCGCCUUUCGCCCGAAGCCAGCUAGGAUAGGCUUCCAGCUUUCCUGCAACCCUUGUGAGGAUAAGUGGCUUGGAUCAUGACAUGACGUGACAAUUAUAGUUGCAUGUUUUUGGGAUGUGGAGUAAACCGGAGAGCCCGGGAAAACCCACGCAGGCACGGGGAGAACGUGCAAACUCCACAGAGGUGGGGCCGGGAUUUGUAACCCGGUCCUUUAGAAAUGUGAGGCCAACGCUCUAACCAGAUAACCCACUGUGCCGCCAGACCCUGAACGUAACAUGAUCAAUCCACAGCUCCAUGCUUCCCCGUAGACCCUGAGGACAACGUGACGUUUCUUUGUUUUCAAUCCUGAAGACAAAAUGAUGCCCCUUGAAAGACUGCGAACGCCGUCGGACGUUUUUCCCUAAUACGCUGAACACAACAGUGCUUCUAUUUGGACCUUGAACACAACACAAAGCCUCCCAGCAGACAUUGAACGCAGCACAUUCAGAAACCAGAUCCGUCAUGGUGCUUUCAAAUUGACUCUGAAAAGCACACAUUGCUUCGGGGUCGACAUUGAACGCAAUAUGAUACAAUGUUGCUGUAUCAGACAUUAGCACAAAAACAAUUGACGCUUCCCUUUAGACCUUGAACACAACAUGCUUCCCAGAAGACGCGGAGCAACUCAGUCCUGCUUCUUUGGAAAUAAAGGCAACAAUCCGAGCUGAGUUCGACGCUGAUGGAGAAGAUGCAGGCCCAGGAGAUGCUGAGCGGCCUGAGGGUGCCAGACUUGGACGAUCUGGGCCAGUUUUUCAGCUCGCUGCCUACCUCCACGUUGAUGGGCAUCGGCGCCCUCGCUGCCGUGCUGGCCUACUGGCUGGCCACGAGGCCUCGCCCUAUCAAACCGCCGUGCAGCCUCCUGCAUCAGUCCGAGGAAGUUCCGCAUGAAGGUGGGGGUCGCAGGUCCAUGAUGGGCGACCAUUCCAAGCUGCUAACACAUUACCACGACGAUGCGAGGACAAUGUACGAGGUCUUCCAGCGAGGCCUCCAUAUAUCAGGUGACGGGCCCUGCCUGGGCUCGCGACUCCCCAACCAGCCUUACAAGUGGAUGUCCUACAAAGAGGUGACGUCCCGGGCUGAACAUCUGGGAUCGGGCCUGCUGUACCAGGGCUGCAAGGCCAGUCCAGACCAGUUCAUCGGAGUCUUUGCUCAGAACCGGCCCGAGUGGAUAAUCUCGGAGCUAGCAUGCUACACAUAUUCCAUGGUGGUGGUGCCCCUCUACGACACGCUGGGCCCUGAUGCCAUACGCUUCAUCAUCAACACGGCUGACAUCUCCACAGUCAUCUGCGACAAGGUGGAGAAAGCGCAGGUGUUGCUAGCUAACGUGGAACGCGCGGAGACGCCGGCCCUGCACCGCAUCGUCCUCAUGGAUGCCCUGGAUUCUGCCCUGGUGGAGCGUGGACGCGGCUGCGGGGUCCACGUGCAGGCCAUGCAGGAAGUGGAGGCGCUGGGCAGAGAUUACCAUCGAAAACCUUGUCCGCCCUCGCCGGAGGACCUUUCGAUCGUGUGCUUCACCAGUGGCACCACAGGAAACCCGAAAGGGGUGAUGCUCACCCACGGGAACGUGGUGGCCGAUUUCUCCGGCUUCCUCAAAGUGACCGACAAAGUGAUUUUCCCCAACCAGGAUGACUGCCUCAUUUCUUUUCUGCCUCUGGCUCACAUGUUCGAGAGGCUUAUCGAGUCGGUGGUCUACUGCCACGGCGGGCGCAUCGGCUUCUACCAGGGGGACAUCCGCCAGCUCCCCGACGACAUGAAGGCCCUCCGGCCCACCAUUUUCCCCGUGGUGCCCCGCCUCCUCAACCGCAUGUACGACAAGAUCUUCAGCCAGGCCAACAGUCCGUGGAAGCGCUGGCUCCUCAACUUUGCUGCCAAGAGAAAAGGCGCCGAAGUCAGCAGCGGCAUCAUUCGCAGCAACAGCGUCUGGGACAAAAUCUUCUUCAGCAAGAUUCAGGCCAGCCUGGGCGGGAGGCUCAGGAUGAUCAUUACGGGGGCAGCGCCCACAUCGCCCACUGUGCUGGGGUUCCUCCGAGCAGCUUUAGGAUGCCAGGUAUACGAGGCCUACGGGCAGACCGAGUGCACGGCCGGCUGCACCUUCACCACGCCCGGCGACUGGACGCCAGGUCACGUCGGCGCCCCGCUGCCGUGCAACCUCAUUAAACUGGUGGAUGUUCCAGAGAAGAACUACUUUGCCGCCAAGGGAGAGGGCGAGGUUUGCGUGAAGGGACCAAACGUAUUCAUGGGUUACCUCAAAGACCCCGAGAGGACCGCCGAGACGCUGGACCCGGACGGCUGGCUGCACACCGGCGACAUCGGCAAAUGGCUCCCCAACGGCACGUUAAAGAUCGUGGACAGGAAGAAGCACAUCUUCAAGCUGGCACAGGGCGAGUACAUCUCCCCCGAGAAGAUCGAGAACAUCUACAUCCGGAGCGAGCCCGUGGCCCAGCUCUACGUCCACGGAGACAGCCUCCAGUCCUGUCUGGUGGGGAUUGUGGUGCCCGACCCGGAAGUCAUGCCCGCGUGGGCCAAGAAGAAAGGCAUCUUAGGCACCUACAAGGACCUUUGUAAAAACACGGAACUUAAGAAGGCCAUCCUUGAGGAUCUGGUCCGUCUGGGCAAGGCGAGCUCUUUGCACUCAUUUGAGCAGGUGAAGAACAUUUACAUCCACAGUGAGAUGUUCUCCAUUGAGAACGGCCUGCUGACACCCACGCUGAAGGCCAAGCGGCCGGAGCUGCGGGAGUUCUUCAAAGAGAAAAUCGAGGAGCUCUACGGCGCCAUCUCCAUGUGAGGGCAGACGUCCGCGACGACGACGACGCACAUUGGAGGAACAGGCAGCAAAAAAAAAAAUAAAAAAUAGAAAAUAAAAAUAAACACCUCCGUCACCCUCCGUCCAUCCAGAUCGACCUCACCAUGCAGUUAGUUUCAUUUCAACAUCAGACUUGGACUUUUUUUUUUUUUAGGUUCAACAAGGGUACCUCCUGCCUUACGCAAUGGCGGCCAUUUCAAGGCCCACACCCCUCGAUCUUCUCUUUCCCAUUUUUUUUUUUUUUUGCACUUGUUGGGGCAGUGCAUAAAGUUGCCCCGCAGAGAAAAUAAAAAGCGACCGUUCAAUUUGAAUUCGACAGCUUUUUAUUUCUUUUUUUUGGAAAUCACACAACUAAUGUAGAACUUUUGAAGAUUGAUUCUUGUCCCGAAACGUGAUGAAUGAUGUUAUGUACAUACACGAGGACAGCUACGCUAUAUAUGUAAGCUUAUUUAUUGACGACUCAAGUCAGCGUUUCGAAUGGGAUUUUUAUUCAGUUUUAUUCUUUUAAUUGCGUGCGUGUCUGUGUAGCGGGACAAAUUGUAUGUAUUUUUCUCUGCAGUCAAAUCAGCAGCAUAUCCUUGUAGUAAUAAUGAUAAUGAUGACUGGGGGGCAAUUUCAUGAAAUAAAAGAAUAUUCUGGAAUGAUUUUAAACCAGUUCCUCUUCGUUUUUCACACGUCAAUGAAAAUGAAUGUUCAGUUGUAUGAAUUGAUUGUACCACAAUUUUAG